CUGUAAAGGAAAGAACGUGGUUGCUGUUUUAUACGAGUUAUCAUUCACAAAUACACAUACGAAGACCCCUAAACGAGACGUUUCUGUUGUGAAAUUCGAAGUAAACGAUAUAGAGGUACCUCCAACAGAUUCCCGUGCAUUUCCGUGUGUGCAUUGCAUCCGAAAAUGUCGCAGUUCACAUGCCUCAAUUGCGAUGCGCGUUUCGCCACCGCUGAGGUGCAGCGCGAGCACUACAAAACAGAUUGGCACCGCUACAACCUGAAGCGGCGCGUGGCCCAGCUGCCUCCGGUGACGGCGGAGGAGUUCCAGCAGCGCGUGCUGAGUGCACGCAGUGCCACCGAGUUGGCCCUGGAGGAGCAGAAAAUGAGCACUUACUGCAACGCCUGUCGCAAGCAGUUCGGCAGCCAGAAGGCACAUGACAACCACCUGAACAGCAAGAAACACAAGGAGUGCCUGGUCAAGUUUGAGCACCAGCAGAUGACGGCCAGUGCGGGCAGCAGCAGCACAGUUUCGGCCUCUGUCUGCACCAGAAGCGUGGUGGAGCCGCGUCCCCAUCCUGCUCUAGCCGCCGCCGCUGCGGGCAAGGGCCGUCUGGCGUUCGCCGAGCGCGCCAAGCAAGUUGAUGGCGAGGACGAUGACGAUGACGAAGUCGACGAUGAUGAAUUUGAGGAUAUCGAUGAGGAGGAGGAGGUGGACUCGGAUGAGUGGGACAAAAUUCCCGAGAAUCCGUUGACAGAGCGCGAUUGUCUGUUCUGCAAACAGAGCAGCGAGGAUAUGGUGGAGAACUUGAAACACAUGUCCGUGGCGCAUUCCUUCUUCAUACCCGACACUGAAUUCUGCACCGAUCUGGAGGGUCUGCUCUACUAUCUGGGCGAGAAGGUGGCCAAUUACUUUGUCUGCCUGUGGUGCAACGAUCGCGGCAAGACCUUCUACUCGCUGGACUCUGUCCGCAAGCAUAUGGUUGACAAGGGUCACUGUCAGAUGCUGCACGAGGGCGUGGCCCUGGCCGAAUACGCAGAUUACUAUGAUUACAGCGAGAGUUAUCCCGAUAACAAAGACGGCAUGGAUAUCGACGAGGAGGUGGUGCCCGAUCUGCUCGAUGGCGAUGAGUACCAGCUGGUGCUGCCCUCAGGCGCUGUCAUUGGUCAUCGAUCCCUGUUGCGCUACUACAAGCAGCGCCUGCAUCCGGAGCGUGGCAUGGUCAUAAAGAAGUCCGACCGCAAGCUGCACCACGUGCUCAGCGAGUACCGGGCCCUUGGCUGGACCCAGACACAGCAGAAGGCAGCGGCCAGCAAGGCACGCGACAUUCAUCUCAUGAAGCGUGUCCAGUCCAAGUGGCAGAUGAAGCUCGGCACCAAGGCCAACAAGCUGCAGAAGCACUAUCGUGCCCAGAUCCUCAUCUAAGCCAGGAACUGAAGUCAGUCCCGUUGCCCAUAAUCCCCUAUUCCCUCUGCAAAAGAAAUACCGAUGAUCGUUGGGUGUGUUUUUUUUUUGUUUUGCUUAAAUUAAGCAUACGUAAUUUCUUUUGUAUAUUACUAGCGAUUUCUCUUCAAAAUAAAAUUACAUAAUUUAAAUUAACAA